UUGACUGGCGUAGUCGUCAACAUUUUGGAUCAAGGCUUACGGGCUGCGCGCGCCUAACACCACUUCACAAAAUUUCACUCUUCCGUUUGCGUGCUGUUGAGAAGAAUGGCUGCGCACAAGACCUUUAUCGUCAAGCGAAAGCUUGCCAAAAAGCUAAAACAAAACAGACCUAUUCCACAGUGGGUUAGGAUGCGUACUGGUAAUACCAUUCGCUACAAUGCCAAGAGGCGUCACUGGAGAAGGACAAAGUUGAAGUUGUAAGCUCCAUCUAUCCAUCCAGAAACAGCUAUCUCCACCAUGCUACAACUAUGGAAUUAGAUGCUUCGCAAAAUAAAACGUUGUAAAAUUCCAA